GUGAAAGAGAUAUGGAAAUUGCAUAAUGAGGAGGCAAUCGUGUUUCACCACUAAAUUCCCAUUCCUCUUGUGUGCAAUAAUAAACUAACACCACCACCGGUUCCGCCAUUGUCAUUGCCAUGGCCUCCACAUUCCUCUUCUCCCCCUUUUCUUCUUCUUUCCUGCUGGCUCUUUCUUUCCUCACUUUCCUCGUCACUCUCCUCCUCGCAUCCGCUGAAUUUCUCGGCCGCCACUUGCGGUAUUCCAAAUUCUGGACUCCUAAUUCCAAAUUCCACCUCCCUUCCCGUUCCGCCAUGCUCCUCUGUUACUUCCCCGCUCUCUCUCUCUCAUCCAUCUCCUCUCUUUUCCUCUUCCCCCACCACUUUCCUCACUUCUCCAGAAUUUUCCUCAUCAAUUCGCUUUUUUUCAUCCAUUUCUUCAAACGGAUCUUCGAGGUACAUGUUCUAUUCGUUCACAAAUACAGCAAUAAGAUGGCUCUGAACGACGCGAUUAUGACCUCAAUUUCCUACCUACUCUUCACUACUGGUACUAUCUAUGCUCAGAUGCUUUCACAGGAUCUGGCAGAGCCAGAGAUUGAUCUGAAAGCGGUGGGAUUGGUGAUGUACGGGAUUGGAAUCACUGGUAAUUUCUAUCACCAUAUUCUACUGUCGAGAUUGAGAAGAGAAGGUGAUCGAGAGUAUAGAAUUCCAAGAGGAGGGUUGUUUAAGGUGAUCGUGUGCCCUCACUAUCUGUUUGAGAUCGUGGAAUUUCUCGGAAUCGUUUUGGUUUCGCAAACAUUGUUCGCAAUGGUGUUUGUGCUCGGAUCGACAUUGUUCUUGAUUGGAAGAAGCUACACCACUAGGAAUUGGUACCUUUCUAAAUUUGAAGAUUUUCCUCGUCAUGUUAAGGCCAUUCUCCCUUUUGUUUUCUGAAAUUCUUCGAUUCCCAAUCUUGGAAUCAUCUAUGCCUCCAAUAAUGUAUCUAGCCAUCUACCCUUGUUUAAUUUUUAUAGCAUAUUUGUAUACUCAAAAAAAAAAAAGAAUAAAUUAUAUCAUAUUUCACAACAAAAUGUAUAGUGCAUGGAUUAAAUUUGGCUAGUACAAUGACUAAGAUUAAA